GCCGGGUCGGGGGUGGGAGGGAGAUAGCCUGGGUGACCCGCGGGAGGGGGCGGCGUCCGCGGCGCACCCGGCUCUUCCCAGUCACGUCUUAGCGGGACCUUCUCCCGCGGACCCCCCCAUUUGACAGAUGAGAAAAUUGAGGCUCCGAGAGGCCAAGUGACUCUCAAGGUCACACAGCGAGGCAGCGGCAGGGCUAGUCGGGGUUGGCUAUGGGUGGCUCCUAGGAAAAGUCCGCCAGAGAACUCAGGAGAGGAGCCCCCUCCAGCCGGGGGGAGUUCGUGUAGGGGCGGGUACCUUUUCGUGGAGCCAGGCCCUGCCAGCGUCCCAGGGCGUUGCGGCCGCAGAGCUUGUCCUGGACUGCGGAUGAAGGGGGGGCGGCGGAAUGGGCGUGUGUGCGCACCCAUGGGGGUGUGUGCUUGUGUGGGAGUGUGCAUGCGUGUAGGUGCCCUGUCUUGUGUGUGUGCACACGUGUGCGAUUGCAGCCUCUGUGGCCGCGGAACUCCAGGCUAGCCUGACUCGAGUGAGCUUCAAGUCCGGGAACUGGCCUCCUCAGCGGGUCCGCGUUCUGGGCUAGAAGGCUGGGGGUCCGGUCCGAGCCCCGUGGGAGGCUCCGGAGUGCAGCUUGGCCCAAGCCUACCCGCUCCGGCAGCCAUGGCGGGCACCCUAGAUCUGGACAAGGGCUGCACAGUGGAGGAGCUGCUCCGCGGCUGCAUCGAAGCCUUCGAUGACUCCGGGAAGGUGCGGGACCCUCAGCUGGUGCGUAUGUUCCUCAUGAUGCACCCGUGGUACAUCCCUUCCUCGCAGCUGGCGGCAAAACUGCUCCACAUCUACCAACAAUCCCGGAAGGACAACUCCAAUUCGCUGCAGGUGAAAACGUGCCACCUGGUCAGCAGGUACUGGAUCUCAGCAUUCCCAGCAGAGUUUGACUUGAACCCUGAGCUUGCUGAGCAGAUCAAGGAGCUGAAGGCUCUACUGGACCAAGAAGGGAACCGGCGGCACAGCAGCCUCAUUGACAUCGAGAGUGUCCCCACCUACAAGUGGAAGAGGCAGGUGACCCAGCGGAACCCCGUAGGACAGAAAAAGCGAAAGAUGUCCCUGUUGUUCGACCACCUGGAGCCCUUGGAGCUGGCAGAGCAUCUCACCUACUUGGAGUAUCGCUCCUUCUGCAAGAUUCUGUUCCAGGACUAUCACAGUUUCGUGACUCAUGGCUGCACCGUGGACAACCCAGUCCUGGAGCGAUUCAUCUCCCUCUUCAACAGUGUCUCGCAGUGGGUGCAGCUGAUGGUCCUCAGCAAGCCCACGGCCCCUCAGCGGGCGCUGGUCAUCACGCACUUUGUCCACGUGGCUGAGAAGCUGCUCCAGUUGCAGAAUUUCAACACACUGAUGGCGGUGGUUGGAGGCCUGAGCCACAGCUCUAUCUCCCGUCUCAAGGAGACCCACAGUCAUGUUAGCCCUGAGACCAUCAAGCUCUGGGAAGGUCUGACAGAACUAGUGACCGCCACCGGCAACUACGGCAACUACCGUCGCCGGCUGGCCGCCUGUGUGGGCUUCCGCUUUCCCAUCCUGGGCGUACACCUCAAGGACUUGGUGGCCCUGCAGUUGGCACUGCCUGACUGGCUGGACCCCGCCCGCACCCGGCUCAACGGGGCCAAGAUGAAGCAGCUUUUCAGCAUCCUGGAGGAGCUGACCAUGGUGACCAGCCUUCGGCCGCCGGUGCAGGCCAACCCCGAUCUGCUGAGCCUGCUCACGGUAUCUCUGGAUCAGUAUCAGACGGAGGAUGAACUCUACCAGCUGUCCCUGCAGCGGGAGCCGCGCUCCAAGUCCUCGCCAACCAGCCCCACAAGCUGCACCCCACCUCCCCGGCCCCCAGUGCUGGAUGAGUGGACCUCAGCUGCCAAACCCAAGCUGGAUCAGGCACUCAUGGUGGAGCACAUUGAGAAGAUGGUGGAGUCCGUGUUCCGGAACUUUGACGUCGAUGGGGACGGCCACAUCUCACAGGAAGAGUUCCAGAUCAUCCGUGGGAACUUCCCUUACCUCAGCGCCUUUGGGGACCUCGACCAGAACCAGGAUGGCUGCAUCAGCAGGGAGGAGAUGGUCUCCUACUUCCUGCGCUCCAGCUCGGUGCUGGGCGGCCGCAUGGGCUUCGUGCACAACUUCCACGAGAGCAACUCCUUGCGCCCGGUUGCCUGCCGUCACUGCAAGGCCCUGAUCCUGGGCAUCUACAAGCAGGGCCUCAAAUGCCGAGCGUGUGGUGUGAACUGCCACAAGCAGUGUAAAGACCGCCUGUCAGUUGAGUGCCGGCGCCGGGCGCAGAGUGUGAGUCUGGAGGGGUCUGCACCCUCACCCUCACCCACACACACCCAUCAUCGAGCCUUCAGCUUCUCCCUGCCCCGCCCGGGGAGGCGAGGCUCCCGGCCUCCAGAGAUCCGAGAAGAGGAGGUGCAGGCAGUGGAGGACGGCGUUUUCGACAUCCACUUGUAAUGGAUGCUGUGACUGGAUCAAGCACUCAUACUGCCUUGGAAAAAGACGUGGACCAGAGCAGAAAGCCUGGGGUGCUGGGGCAGCAGGCUGGGGCUGGGGGGUGGGCAGUGAGGGUGGCAUGCAACUAAGGGUUGGGCCAGGGCUGACGUCCCUAAGGUUGUACAGACUCUUGUGAAUAUUUGUAUUUUCCAGAUGGAAUAAAAAGGCCCAUGUAAUUACCCUAGA